AUGUUCGGUGUUGUGAUCCACGAGGAAUUGUCAAUCAAAAGAAGCCUGCACUUGAAUUCUCAUCUUGGUGACAAGGCAUUGAGCACACCAGAAGAAGGCUUCUCCAGCUUCAGAGUCAGAAUUAUUGGUUUUUUUCUCAAGAAUAUUUACAAUUCAAUUUCAGAAACAAGUGGCCAAUGCAACAAGGGGAAGACUCGACAUCAAUUUCGACGAGUUGAAGGCCAUAGCAAAAACCGGAAGUCCAGAACUUAAGCUGUUGGCUUCGGCGACAGCUGGUCUCUUAACGCUGGUAAGUUUUGGUUAUUGUACUUAACACUUAAAGGGGUGGUGGCACUAAAAACAAUUUUCCUGCAAUUACGCCAUUCGGUGCAGAAUCCAAAAUAAAGUGCAGUUUCAGUUGUGCAAAAGUGUUAAAAAUCACUUUUAGUAGGUCAUUUGGGCUAAAACCUUUAAAUUAUUUGGCUUAAAAGGGGCGGAGUCGGCUCUAGGUCAUCACGUGAGCUAAAUUGUGAGACAACAUUUUUUAGUGCCACUACCCCUUAAACAAUGCCAGAAAUUCCAGAUGCAGAACGAACGGGAGAGGUCCGCCAGAGUUGCCACAAUCACCAAAAAAAGAUGUGAGGAAGUUUUUCUAGCUACUGUCGCCAGCGAUGCAAAUUCGUACCGCUGA